CCGGAGGAGGCGCCGGCCGCUGGGAGCCGAGCGCCUGAGCCCUCGGCUGGCGGGAGCGCGGGCCAGAGCCGCCGAGGUCAAGAGGCAACUGCCAUUGAGAGAUAGUGACUGUUUCCAAGACAGCAAACAUUGGAGGCGCAGCCAGAAGUAUUGCCAGGGAAUUUAAAUUACCUAAAUGACUGACGAUGGUCUCCAGCUGCCGAAGAAGGCUGUGGAUGCCAAGAGAAAGGUAACCAUUUCUCAUCCCCUCAAGUGGAAUUGGAUGCCUCUAGAGGAGCCCACAUUGGCUGGCAGUAGACAUGGCUGAAGUUGCGAGCUACAAAGAUACUGCCUCCAGCCGCCACCUGCGGUUCAAGUUACAAAGCCUGAGCCGGCGCCUUGAUGAGUUGGAGGAAGCCACAAAAAACCUCCAGAAAGCAGAGGAUGAGCUCCUGGAUCUCCAGGACAAGGUGAUUCAGGCAGAAGGCAGCAACUCCAGCAUGUUGGCUGAGAUUGAAGUGCUGCGCCAGCAGGUGCUGCGAAUUGAAGGUAAAGAUGAGGAAAUCAAGAGAGCGGAGGAUUUGUGUCAUCUGAUGAAGGAGAAACUUGAAGAGGAGGAGAACCUCACCCGGGAGCUGAAGUCGGAGAUUGAACGGCUUCAGAAACGCAUGGCUGAGUUGGAGAAGCUAGAGGAGGCCUUCAGUAGGAGCAAGAAUGACUGUACCCAGCUUUGUUUGAGCCUGAAUGAGGAGAGAAAUCUGACCAAGAAAAUCUCCUCCGAGCUGGAAAUGCUCAGAGUCAAAGUGAAAGAACUGGAAUCUUCUGAGGACCGCCUGGAUAAAACGGAGCAAAAUUUAGCGUCAGAGCUGGAAAAGCUGAAGUCAUUAACACUGAGCUUUGUCAGUGAGAGGAAAUACUUGAAUGAAAAGGAGAAAGAAAAUGAGAAAUUGAUUAAAGAGCUCACUCAGAAACUGGAGCAGAACAAGAAGAUGAACCGAGAUUACACAAGGAACGCGUCUACUCUUCUGGAAAGGAAUGACCUGCGGAUUGAGGACGGCAUCACCUCUACGCUGCCGUCCAAGGAAUCGAGAAGGAAGGGCGCCCUGGACUACCUAAAGCAGGUGGAGAACGAGACAAGAAACAAAUCAGAAAAUGAAAAGAACCGAAAUCAAGAGGACAACAAGGUCAAAGACCUUAACCAAGAAAUUGAGAAGCUUAAGACGCAGAUCAAACAUUUUGAAUCACUGGAAGAGGAGCUUAAGAAAAUGAGGGCCAAGAACAAUGACCUUCAAGAUAAUUACCUGAGUGAGCAAAAUAAAAACAAAAUCUUAGCCAGCCAGCUGGAAGAGAUAAAGCUACAAAUCAAGAAACAGAAAGAGUUAGAAAAUGGAGAAAUAGAGGGGGAAGACGCUUUCCUGUCCAGCAAAGGCAGGCACGAGAGGACUAAGCUUAGAGGCCAUGGCGGGGAGGCGUGCGUGGCCAAGCACACGUCCCGGGACCUGUCACCUCAGCAUAAGCGAGAAAGGCUCCGAAACAGGGAGCUUGCCCUCAACAGUGAGAACUACGCUUUGAGCGGCAGGCAGGCUUCCUCUCCCAGCUUCCCCAGCAGGAGGGCAGCCAAAGCUUCCACUGUGGGGGCAGGUACAGACGGCGGGGCUCAGGAAACCAAGAGAACUGAAGACCGAUUUGGCCCUGGGUCCUCGCAGAGUGAAGGGAAGAAGGCCAGGGAGCAGCCAUCCGUGCUUAGCCGCUACCCACCAGCUGCCCAGGAGCACAAGGUCUGGAAGGGAACUCCCAAGCCAGGCGCCGAGAGCGGACUGAAGGGAAAAGUAGAGAAGACAACACGGACGUUUAGUAACUCCACGCAUGGGUCUGUUCCUGGUGACGCGUUGGGCAGAGCCGACAAGGCUGCAGACUCCUCGUCAGAGGCCCAGCUUGGCAAGCGAGGACAGCCGCCUGGCAGUGGGAGUCAGGUAACUCAGGCCGCGGACCCUGUCUGCUCUAAGGCCGUUGGUGCUCUGGCCUCAUCUCGAAGGUUAUCUGCAGAAGGACUCUCUAAAGGUAAAAAGGCUGCCAAUGGCCUGGAGGCUGAUACUGGUUCCCCCAAUUCUAAGGCUCCUACUUUAUCAAAGUACUCUUACAGCUCCAGGAGCCAAGAGAACAUCCUUCAGGGCUUUUCAACCCCAAGUAAAGAAGCUGAGCAGCCCGUAGCAGUUGUGAUGGAGGACAGCAGUCAGCACGAAGCCCUGAGGUGUCGGGUCAUCAAAUCCAGUGGCGGAGAGAAGCCUGACUCGGACGAUGACUUGGACAUGGCAUCUCUGGUUACUGCCAAGUUGGUGAACACAACCAUCACUCCAGAGCCCGAGCCCAAACUACCGCCCAACUCUAGAGAAAAGGCCAGAUCCCGAGGGGAACACAGAACCUCCCUGUUUGAGAAUGAGAAAAAUGCUGGGAUCGAAAACGAACCUGUGAAACCCGUCAGAGCCUCUAGCAAUGCCGUGGAACUCCCAGAUCCCAGUGGUGCUGGGGUAAAAAGCCAGAGACCCUUCAGUCCCAGAGAAGCCUUGCGGUCUAGAGGUGUCAUCAAACCUGUUAUCAUUGAUAAGAAUGUGAAAAAAAUCAUGGGAGGAUCUGGAACUGAGGCUGUGUUAGAGAAACAGAAAUCCUGUAAGCCAGGGCCAAACAAAGUGACAAGCAGCAUUACCAUCUACCCCUCUGACAGCAGCAGCCCUAGAGCCGGCCCAGGUGAGGCCCCGAGGGAGAGGCACACGUCCACCAGCAACAUCCAGGUCGGGCUCCCAGAGCUCAUACCGGUUAGCAACCACGUCAGCUCCCCCUUUGAGCUCUCUCUUCAUAAGCAUGACAUCACUGUGCAGCUCGCAGAAGCUGAAAGACUGGGAGACGGGCCCUCAAGGAAUAGGCCAGACACGGUGGUGUCUCGGAGCAGCAUUCUAAUCAAGCCCUCGGACGCUGUGGAGAGGAACAGCCACACCGCCCCCGCAGAGACAAUCAGGUGGAAGAGUCACAGCGCCCCUUCAGAGAUGGGCUCCUCGGAUGCCAGGCACGUUACUGUGCGCAACGCCUGGAAGAGUAAGCGAGACUUGAAAUCUGUAGACGACCGCUCAGCUCAAGCAGGUAGAAACAUGGAGUCUACCAAUGCUUACGUCCAGAGGUCUUCCACAGACUUCUCAGAACUUGAACAGCCCAGAUCCUACCUUUCUGAGUCAGGCACUCGAAGGGUAGGAACUUCUGGGGAUGCAGCCGAGCUUUCCUCCCGAAGGACCCAAAGUAGCCUCACGGUGUCCGAGGUGCUCACCCAUCGGAGUCAGGCAGGAGACAUGGUCACGGCUGCAGCCUGGAACCAUUCCGCAGGCGUGGAGGAAAGUGAAGACUGCACAUUCAGUGUCCAUGGGCGACUGCACAACUCCUUGGAGCGGUCUGAAUUCCCUGUGAAGCCGGGGCUGCCAGAGCUUGGGCGAGUUCGGGCCGAGGAGCGCUUACGGCCAAGUAGGCCUUGUGCUGAGGAGAACUGAGGCGGCUGGGUGAAGUGUGCGGUCUCCUCUGCUCCUGCUUCUCAGCUCUUCCACCUCCUGCCCUGCGAAGUAUCUAAGACCAGUCAGCCAGCUGGACACAAGGCCUUGGCUGGGAGACUGGUAGAGAGCUGGGGUGUGGCUCAGGUAAUUUUUGCCAGUUGGCCAGAGGGGAUCACAGACUACAACCUGGACAGUCACCCAGACCCAGCCUUCUCUGGUGCAUGAGUCCUCUUUCCUUGUCCCUGUCCCUAAGGUAGCAUAGCCCACUUGGGCCCAAGUGGGGAGAUACAGAAACCUCCCACCAUCAACAGUAGCCAGAAUUCUCCUCUGCUCCCGGUGGGUCGCUUCUGUAUCUUAGAGCAGCCCCUCCUCCGUGUGGUUAACGCCUUCUCCCCUCACCACCUCCAGUUCGCUCCUUGUCUGUGCUGAGGGCCCACCUGCCCACUAAGAAUUAUCAGCCAUUAGCUCCACCUGGGGAGCUUCCUGCCUUCUCCCCUUGGAGUUCUUCUCCUCAGACUUUGAAAGCAGAAGGGUCUGUGCUGCCUCUGAGGGAUUAAGGAGCUACCUUGUAGGUUGAGGUUUCUCUGACCCGGCCCCCUGGCUGACGUUUGCAGGGGGCAGAGCAUGCAGAUUCCUGCUGGAAUGACACCCCGCCCCCACUCCAGCUCUCCGCUCACCUUCCAGAGGCGUCGGAAGUGCGUGAGCCUCAUGCGUCUCCCUCCUUGAGCACCCAUAAUGCUGCUGGCAGAAACUGCACCCUCUCCUGUGGUUGGAGACUUCAGCUGACUUCAUUGUUCCCCUUUUGGGAAAAUUCCCGGACUGAGCUGGGCCUGACCCAGCGUACGCUGCCUUCUAGGAAGUGCCCCAGCAAGGGGGAAAGCAGACAGGAAGAAGCAGUUUCCCUUUAGUCACUCCACAAGCAAUAGCUCCACGAAAGGCAUGGACCGAGCCUCCUCCCUGUCGUUCCUCCUCCGCUGCCCCACGCGGAGGCGGCUUCGCACUUUACCACGCGGAUGCAUUCCUACAGAAGUGGCCCCGAUUCCUGCAAGUCGACUAUCAUUACAGUGACUUCACUGAAGGAAAGAUUAUCUGCCCGUUGAGGACCUCAGGUUUAUACAGUUCAGAGUGCAGCAAAUCUUUCAGAAAGCCACAUUAAACAAAAAUUGACUAGUUUCCUUAUACCAGUCACACGGGGAAGUUAAAAACUCUACAUUCGUGGCACUGCUUUUUCUCCCAGCAUCCUCUCAGUAUGAACAAGGGUUUGCCUUUAAAGGCUACUUAUAUGAAGCAGAUGGCUUUGCUUUCAACAGCAAGAGAGCACUACACUAGGAGUCUAGAAAGCUGUUUUUCCUGAGGCUUUAUUACUGAUUGUGUAACCUCGGGUGAGUCCUUGACCUCUGGGAACCUGUUUCCCUAUCUGUAAGCUGAGCUCUUUGGAAUGAUCUCUUGAGCGCCCUCAAUCUGGAAUUCCGGAUCCCUGUUUCAGUGUCACUCUCCAUUGUGGGCUGGUUCUUACUGCCUGCAGAGGUUUGGGGAAUUCUUCUCUUUUGCUUCAGCUGUCUUUGGAGGCCUUACGUGUAGGUUCUCCAUGUGUGUGUCUCACAGGGCGAGCUCAGAGAAGCUUCUGCAGCCUCUGUGCAGUUGGUAAAGGGAAGGGACCGACAGUCUGAGGCCUUUCCCAGUGCCAUGUAUCAGCACUUGGCUCUUAGGCUGGGUGCUUUCUAAAACAAGUCUGUUCCGUGGCCUGUCCUGUGCCUCCUGUGCAUUUCCUGGGAAGAGGGAACACUGGGAGGACUGCGAGCGGUGCCCCACCUCCACUGCGCACAGGCAUGGGUUCAUUGUGCCCAUGUCUGCGUCACACUGCUGCUCUGAGGCUUGGAGAGCCCGUACCUUACUUUCAGGACAGGAUGUCUCGCUUUCAUACUUCUGUUUUCUGGGCUUGCCGUUGUUAUGUGGCUUGCCUUUCCCCUCCACAUUCCGCCUCAGAUGCACAAUGUAGGAUGCUGUUUUCAAGAUUUCUCCCUGCUGCUUCUCCUGGGUCACUGGCCAGCAACUUGCUCAGUCAAGGCUGCAGACCCUCACUUGCAGCUUCCCUCCCCUCCCCUCCCCUCCCCUCCCCCGUGGGCAACCCUGAGUUCAAAGGAAACUGACUUCUGCGGUGGUCAGUUGGGUAUAGGAAAUCCUGUGGCUCUUUGCUGAUGGAAACAGAAGAACGCCAAGCCAUGCUGAAAAAGAUCUCGCCAAUAUUUUGUCUUUGGGUGUUGGAGCCCUGGAUUCUGGUGCUGUAGCUCCUGGUGCCAAUUCUGGAUCUUUCUACAUUUUAGCAGCGCCGACAUGUGCCGAUACUCAAAAUGCUGUGUGGAAAAGGGACAGCUGUGGUGCCCUUCUACUGGGGCUGCCGUUUUGAAAUCUGAGUGCAAUACGGUUUGAUUGUAACAAUUAUUUCAGGAUAAAUAUUUUAUUUCUUUAAUCUGCACACUUUAUAGAACCGCUGUAAAAUAGAUUUUAUUUUUAAAUAUCUUCAGCAUUGCAGAAAAUAGGUAUUAGCAAGUGAAGACUAGAGGUUCAGUUCCUCUGGGCUUCAAAUGGCUGGCAAGGCUGGCUCUCAGAUUCCAAAGUUGGAAGGCACAUUUCUGAAAAGGAACUAAGGUGUGGCCAUUUAGAUCCAGUCCUCACAAUCAAGGGUCCUGGAGGAAGACUCCAAGAAGAGGGGAGACCUGGUAACUGAAUAGUGGUCUAAGCCAAAUAGUCCCACUGUCCCAGCCAACCCACUUUUAUGACAAGUCUCUUCUGCAGCCUGCCCGGCUGUUCCUGGCAGGUGUAGGGUUGUGGGAAGGCUCCUAGGGAAGCUGGAGAACCUGGCCCUGCAUAGCUGCUUGGUUGGGAGGCAACAGAGCUGGCUAAACGCCAGGAGCUGGGCUUUUCUACCUGCCACUGUGCCUCGCCACUCUGGUGCUGGAACAGAGCUGGAGAUAGCCGACAGAGAAGCUGUAGGUAGGUCUUGCUUCUUAGUGGCAGUGAAACGGUUGAGUGUGGGUUAAAAAGGCAGGGGUCUGUGUGGGGCCAAGGACCUCGAUCUCAGCUGCAGGCAAGCUUGCACACGAACCAUCCCUCUCUUGUGGGGCGCUGGGGGGUGGGGUGGGUCUGUUGUGUUCUUGGACUUCUUGUCCUGGGGCGGUUCUAGGUUUUUAGGUUUAGUGGGUCACAGUGCCAAGUGCUACCACUUCCCAGUAAAGAACAGGGACCAGGCCCCUGGGUCCCCGGCUUUCUGCUGGUGGGUUUCCUUGUUGCUACUCUGACAAGACUGCUUCGGAACAGCUGCUUUUAGGGAUUUUCUUUUGAAUACCCCAAGUGGGCAACAGGGUUCUCUUCAAAGCCUCAAUCAAGAUCAUAGGAAAGGGGCCCUAUUUUCCUGCUGCUUCACAGCUCAGAACAUGUACUGAACGGAAUGUAUUUUUAAGAGAAUAAAGUCUAUUUUUUUGUAUUUUAAAGAUACGGAGGGCUAGGAAGAUAGCCUUUAAAUAAACUGUUACUGCAUCAUAGGCCCUUUUGCUGGGGCAUCCGUCUGGUGGUCCACACCUACUUGCUCAGGCAGGUGCUCUGGCCUCACUCCUGCCCCUUGGAGGCUUCUACAUUUCUGCUCCAAGCACGGGACCAAGAAGGCCAGACCCCGCCGCUGGAAACCAGGGCAAAGCCAUGAGCAGUGGCUCAGGGCUCCUUGGGUGCAUGUGUGUAGUCAAAGCUGCCUGUCUGCAUGUAUCCUCUGGCUCUAAUGCUCUCUCUGUUGGCUCUGCAGCACAAUAUGUAACCAAUAAAGCUCCCUAGUUUCCACAUGC